CGAUGACCUGCACACGUUAAGAUGUUGACGUCUCGCAGCACGCGCUAGUUAAACUGUUGACAACUUGGAUGACCUGCCGUUAUCACCACCCUCUCACAGCGAAGCAGAGGUGGAGGCUGUAACUCGACCUUGGCUCUUAAUGGCUGCGCGACAAUGGUGACCCGUCCCACCGGCCCCGACUGCCCCUCUGUAGUGUCUAUUUAUAACGUCCAGACGCGGUGCAGAGGUUAUUCAGGCGUGCCAGCGAAGGCGAGGCAACGGAGGAACAAAGGCGUUUCUGGCUCACAUUCUCCUCACAUGUUCACAUCCUUGUGUUCACAAUGGUGAGGAGCAGAAGUUUGCCAGCGAGCCACCACAAGCACUGCGACAAGUGCUACAAAGCCCACUGUCAGGUCCCGGUGCAGAUCUCCGUGUCGUGCUCGGUCAUCAAGUGUCGUAAGCACUGCGGCGCCACCCUCCACAUGUGCAAGGAAGAGGACCACCAGCUCCUGUGCCCAAACGAGACGGUGCCCUGCCUCAACGCCGAAUACGGCUGCCCCCUCGUGAUGCUGCGCCGCCGGCUGGCCAAACACCUGGAGGUCUGUCCCGCCAGCGUGGUCUGCUGCUCUCAGGAGUGGAACCGCUGGCCCGUGUCCGAAACUGAUCCGGCCUUUUACAGAAAUGUCUCUGGAAGCCCUCUUGCAAACACCGAGGAAAACCUCGACGUUGCUUUGGCGCUCAGGGAUCAAGAGCUGCUGUUCCAGUCCAUCAAGAUGAAGACCGUGUUCCCAGAGUGGAUGGAGGAGAAGGAACCCGCACCUGAGAAUGUUUCUGCUGGUGUCGACGGCCCUGCAGAGGGAGCAUCCUGCUCUUUAGAUUCUGGUGAGUUCACAGAAAAUGGCUGUGCAGGGAUGGACGAAAAAGAACCGACUCAAGAGGAAGGGGAGGAUUUGGCAAAGAGCAAGGAUGCGACAGGUAUUCAGAAUUUUAGCUCGUGGGAGAAAAUAUUCAAUAAGGAGAAGGGGGGAUGCAAGGAAACUGCCAAGAACCUGAAUAAGGAGGAUAAAGGAAAAGAAGAGCAAAAAGCAUCAAACAAUCCUGGAAGGGCAAGAGAAUCACGAGCGAGUGCUUCUACGUCCAUGAGCUUGGGGGGUGCCACCGGCCUCGCACCGUGGCAAGACGGGGUCCUUGAGAGAUUAAGUAAAGAAGUCCACAUUUCAGAAUAUAACAUGUAUCUGGUGCACCACGGGGCGAUGCUGAUCAACUUUGGUCAGCUCGCCGCCUGCACGCCAAGAGAAAAGGAUUUCGUUUAUGGGAGCUUGGAGCCAAUCGAGGUUAAAUCCGUCCGCACGUUUAAUAUUCCCACCAGCUACCGAGCGAGACGCCAUCACCUGAAGGACCCCGUGCGCAAGAACAAUACGGCGCACAAGAGCGCUGACACCACAGAUUUGGGCGUGUCCGUCGGGGAGCUCCCGAACAGCGAUGAGGUCAGCACGACACUUCUGUGCUCCCUGGAAAAGGAGCUGAAGGGACACUCGAUCUCGGAGAGCUCGUCAACCGACGGCCUUUACGUGGACAUUGGAACGCAAACGUACAACUUUUCCUCUGCUCCGUUCAAAUCGGACGCGUCGCUAGCCGACGUCGUGGCCGGCAAACCCCGCGGUCUUCACAUGCACGUCGAAGCCGAAUCUGUCACCAGAAGGCACAACAAAACGAGCUCGGCCUUCACGUACAUGUGUGGCCACUUCUUUCGCCGCGACGAAUACUGCUCUCAUUUCAAGAACGCGCACUCUGACAUCCAGGCCCCUCUAAACGGCUGGUUCCAGCAGCGCUGCCCUUUAGCCUACCUCGGCUGCACUUUCACUCAGACGAGGUUCCGGCCCGCAGGUUGUCAGGCGACGAUCAGGUUCUGCAGAGACGUCAACGCCUUUGCGCUCCGGCCGCACGUCCCUUCGUGCCUCUGCGAAGGCGGGAAAGCCUCGGGCUCUCAGAGAAACGGUGCGCGCAGGCUGGAUCCCCUGAGCCUGCUCCCCCUGGAGAUCCUCCAGCAUAUCGCUGGUUACCUCGACAGCUUCACGUUGUCUCAGCUCUCCCAGGUGUCCCGUCUGAUGAGGGAGCUGUGUGCCACGUUGUUAGAGGACAGAGGGAUGGUCUCCCUCAAGUGGGAGAAAAAGACGUAUUCUAACGGAAGGGCUUCCUGGAAAUGUCGAAAGAAAGUUUGGAAAUUCAGCUCCCUGUUUUCCUCCGUGGACAGAUGGAGCUUCAGCGAUUCUCCCUCCAUGUCGAAUCACUUGAAAUCCUGCUCCUUCUACCAGAGAGCGGAGCGAACGGAGCCGGUGGCUUUGGCCUGCCUGGGAGAGGUCAGCGGCAAGCGCGGGGAGCUGAGGAACAACAGAUGACGACGCUGGCGCGCUGGAGCACAGCGGGUGGAGAGCGGCGCGAGCGGUGCCAUGUUUAGAAACGGAGAGACACAACAUGUGUGCAGCAGCAGCAGCAGCCACACAACUGAGGAGUGGAUAAAACCCCUGCAUGUAGAGCUGCUGUAUAAAAAAGCAGAAGGGGAUUCAGAGCUGCAGUGUGUUAAAGCUCUGUAGGCAGAUGCUGUGUUUCUGGCAUGAACCACUGUUUUUGACAUGAUUUAUCAAUCCUGCGUUUCCUUAUGACAUCGGGUCCUUUUUCCUCAUAUUAAGGCGAAAUCACUUCCAGCUGGAUUUAUUUAUGCACCGCUUGAGAGAAACAUUUAACUUGAUAUUAUGACAUAUGUCCUCAUAAUCUCUAGUGUGUUUGGCCUACUGAGCUGUGUUGUUUCUUCCAUAUUAUUUUAUUUGAAUGAACAGGACUGACUUCUGCUGGAUAACAUGACAAGACUGACAUCUACUGGCUAAAAGCUGAAGUGCCUUAUUAAAGAACUAGUUUGAUAUUUGAA